CUUAUAGUGUGUGCGUACUAGCUUACAUAUAUACGUUCAGUCAUUCUAAAUCGUUGUAUGUAUAGAUCUGGUACAACAAGUAGAACUUUGAACCAAGAUAUGAAUCUGAAGAUGCGAGUGGUUCACUUGAUGUAUAUUUGGAUAAAUUUAGCUCAAGUACUCUCUUCGCCUGAUAAGAUGGGUAGAGUGAACGUAACCCAAUGUAAGAACAUUCCAGAAGCAGUUAGAGUUGAAUGCGGUUUCGCGGGAAUCACACCGAAGCAAUGCAGAGCAAGGGGUUGUUGUUUUUUGACAACUUUCACUUUAAAUGUACCAUGGUGUUACUCAGUACAAGACAGCAUACCAACACCGAAAACAACGACACAAGCUACUAUACCAGAAACAACUUCAACAACUACUUUCAUACCGAUUUGGAUGCAAAAACUACUCGAUGCUCGUGAAAAGGAUGAAACGUUGGCACCCAAGAAAUUGGAUUCAAACAACAUAUUAACGACAGAAAUAGACAAUGAGCUGAGAUGCCAGAAAACGGCUAGAUUAUUUAUGCGCGUCAGUGGUUCAACGGUAUGUGACACAAACAUCAAAGAAAGAAUUUCGUGCGCAGGUAAUGAAAGCCUCAGACGAAACAUUGGGGAAAGUGCAUGUCAGGCUUGUUUAAAGAAUAACUGUUGCUACGAUCCGGUGACAAAAAGAGUAAACGGAACACUGGUACCUUACUGCUUUAAAAAGAAGGAGAAUAAAACUGCAUGGCUGAAAGUGGUUCCUAAAACUAAUUUGUCACAAACAAUAACAUCAAUGAAGCAAUGGUCCGGGAUCCGUCAAGAGUUUCAACCUGGCAGAACUCAGGUUGGCAACUCUGGGCAAAGCAAAAGACUUAACGCAUUAGUCAACUCACUUACUGCCGGGCGUUUCCCAUUUUCAACCAAUAUAAAUCAGAACAACAUUUUGUUACCACCGUCUAAUCUACAAAGUGGUAUUCAAAACUUACAGCAGUUAAACUGGCAAAAUAAUGGUAACGGUGUGUUUAUUAAUCGGCCAAGUCAAAGCACACCAUUUGGAACAAUCAAUCCCUUGAUACAAAAUCACCCGACUAUUGCGGCGUACACAGGAGUGUCGCAAAAUACAUUGGGAAGUGCUGCAAAUUCUGCAUUGGCGUCUUAUUUUACCAACAAGCAGAACCCGAUUGGCAGUAUCCUCAGUUCGUUACAAAUUACAAGUCUGCCGCCUUCAGCUUCGAGCCUUAACGGUGGGACAUUUCUAACACAAUAUUUGCUCGGCUUGACACCCCAAACUCCAACUGUAGAAAACAAUCUUAACAAAUUUUCAAACAUUUUGAGCAAUCUUUUGCCAUCUGGACCAGAACCAACUACACAAGGAAACUCGAUUUUAAAUGAAUUGCUUUUAAACAAGCUUCCCCUAUCAAGUUCAUUCAGCACUGCCUUUAACAAAUUACCCACUAUUAAGCCAACUACUGCACAGACUCCUUCUACUUUAACGGCGAGCAUAUUAAAUGGUAUUCCUAUUAUAUACGAAAAUGACAGAAGAGAAAAACCCGCCGAAAUAUGUUACCCACGUAACUGUGGUCACCGUGCUACCGAUGGACAGGUCAUGCAAAGAAUUGUUGGUGGAUGGGAAGCUGGCUCUGUAAAGUAUUGGCCGUGGACAGCUUCUCUCAGACGCACAUUUCGUGAUGAUAAUCGUUUUACGCAUAUUUGCGGUGCGACCCUUAUUUCUAAAACUUGGAUAAUUACAGCAGGUCAUUGCUUCAUGGCGUAUUUGCGUAAAGGUGCCAAAACUAUGGGCCUAGCAGAAGAGUUUGUGGAAGUAUACUCAAUACACGUCGGGCGAUACCAAAGAGACACCUCCGAAGAAUUUAUUCAAGUUCUUGAAUUAGACUCAUUUCAAGUACACCCGAAAUAUGAUUUUCGCUCAUUGAGACAUGAUAUUGCUGUUGCUAAACUAAAGACGCCAGCAUUUUAUACGAGUCAUGUUCAGCCAGCAUGUAUUCCUGGAAAAACCGAGAGAUUGCAACCGGAUGAUCAGGUUUGGGUAACAGGAUGGGGCGAAACUUAUCGAGUUGGAAACGGAGCCAGAGACAAACUAAAAGAACUUCGGUUGCCUCUUAUAUCAUCAGCCGAAUGUAGAAGCAACUGGCCCAAUCAUUUUCAUGAAGCAUGGAUAUGUACGGUCGGUGCUUACAAUGAGGAUGCAUGCGCGGGCGAUUCUGGAGGACCUUUAGUGAAGCAAGGGAGCGAUGGUCGCUGGGAACUAGUUGGAAUCGCCAUCGCAGGCACCAGACGUUGUUCAACAGACAUAUCUGACAUUAAACCAGGAAUUUACACCAAAGUUGCAUAUUACAGAGAUUUUAUUGACAUAGCAACUCAUGGAUCAUGUCGUCAAUAAGUCGCUUACAAUAUUUACGUAAAUUUGCACUUUGACAUUAUUCUUAUAUACUUGCUUUAACUUUUUAAUAUUUCAUUAAGGAUCAACGUCACCGUAUAUUCAAUUAGAGUGCUGUUAUAUUUGACUUAUUUUUUUACGUGAGACACUUUUAUGUUUCCGUUCAUUUCUGUGAUAUUAACGUGAUUAUCCGUGAAGUUUAUUUCAUUUUGUUUUGUUUCGUUUGUAACUUUUGCAUAUUUUUUCUAUUUUUGCACGUGAGCUUUCAUAGCGACUCAACCAAGUUAGUUGUAAUCCAAAUACACGCGAUUUAUAAACAUA